GCUAAAUAGAUACCUUGGACAGUGAGGGAGGCUGCUGCUAAGACGUCACGCUGUCAUCUUUCCCACCAACGGACAGUUUUAGUUGGCCGACUAAAUGCUGAAAACUAACCCGGAGUUUUAAACAGCAAACUUUUGCACUUCAUUGACUUAUUAAGUUGUCGAAGAGAUAUUCUGAAUUUCUACUUAAAUAAAAGAAAAACACUUGGGAUUUACUAAAGUACUCCUCUUUUUAUGUUGCUGGGUACUAAUAACGUUACAUCCCAAUUCAUUAUUCGUUUUACUUUAGCAUAAAUUAUCUGCAGUUACUCACUCAUGUCACAUACAUGUUGUAGAGUAAAAUGUCAUACUGAAAUGUUGUGUAUUAGAAAUAUAAAGUAUUUAGAUAUUUGAAUAAACUACAUGCAGUAUGUAAGCAUAGUAAUGUAGCAGCCUGAUUUUGGUGUUGCCGGCUGUGAGUGGUCCCUCCUGUUGGGGGCGACCCGGAGCCAGUUUCUCUUCCGCAAAGAAUGUAAAGAAGCUGAUGAGAAGGGGAAAAAAGAGAAAGACGAAGAACUUCCAAUUGUCCGAGCCCAGCGUCAUGGAAAGAGCUACUUUAAAGCCAAAGAAACAGCUGUUGACCAGCGGACUGGUCAGUUUUACCUUGUUUUUUUUGGUGGGUGGAGGUGAAUUCAAAGUAUCCACACAAGAUUGCACAGAGAUCCCACACCUCAUCUCCCCGCUCCCCGCCACGCCGGACCUAAAGACCCCAUCGGGGGACCACUUCUCGGCGAGGAGGCUGCAGUCCUGGUUCUGAGGAUUAAAAACAACGACGGGGCCGGUUUUUGUUUGGUUUUUGGAGGAGCCCUUUUGGUGAAACCAGUUUUUGUGCUUGAACCUGUUUGUGAUGUGAAAGGAAGAAGAGAGUAUUUCUGUUGUGAGGAAGUUAAUGUGUCAUGAAGCAUUGAUAGCUUGACCUUAUUGUUGGGCAGCAGGACAAUAGACUGAUGGCCUCAAUGGGCUGAGGAUGCAAGUAAGGACAACAGAAUGUCUAUUUUAUACUUUUUGGGGCGUUGUGAAUAGAAGGACUUUAUGUAAUUGUUUACAUACUUUACAUGUGCUGUUGCACACCAGAUGCAACGCUUGCCAUGUAAUUUGAGAUGAGUUUAAAUAUUACAGUGAGCUAGUGUCUGAUGUUUCCAACACGGCACGUGAGACAGCAGCAUCAACAGAAACUAAACACUGUGUGCAUGUCGAUUUCUGGUGUGCUUUAGGACCCACUUUAGUAUCAACAUGUCUGUGAAAGCCAAAGCAAUCUACACUUUUCUGAGUGAAAACAAAGAGGAGAUCAGCAUCCAGGAGAAGGAGGAGCUGGUCAUCUUCGACCAGAACUCGGUGGACGGCUGGUUUCAGGGGGAGAACAGCCGGGGGGAGAGGGGCCUCUUCCCCGCGUCCUACGUGGAGAUUAUUCGCACGCGCUCAAACUCGAACGUGACCGACUGCUCCAUAAGCCCGGCGGGAUCCCUGGGAAACGACUCCUCACAUUUCCCCUCAACCCCGAACACCUCGCUGCACUUGCAGCAGAGUUACAACAACGACGACGAUGACAACGACGACGACUGGGAUGACUGGGACGAUAGAUCGACAGUGGUGGACGACGGGGACAGCCCCGGGGCCAACGGGCAUGCCCAUCAGAGCCCCCAGUCCAACAACCCAAAUGUGCACUACCGGGCCAAGCCCCACAUGGAGAGACAGGACAGCAUCUCCAGCUCGAGGAAGGGCAGCAUGGUGGGCAGGAACUUGAACAGGUUCUCCAGCUUUGUCCGCUCAGGGGUGGAGGCCUUUGUGCUGGGCGACGUGCCCAUGAUGGCAAAGAUAGCGGAGUCGUACACCAUCGAGAUGGGCCCCCUGGGGCCCCUGUGGAAGGAGAGCCCACAGCCGUUCUCCUGCUCCGUUGAGAACCCCACGAAACAGACCAAGUUCAAGGGCAUCAAGACGUACAUCUCGUACCGGGUCACGCCGAGUCACACGAGGCAUCCCGUCUACAGGCGCUACAAACAUUUCGACUGGCUCUACAACCGCCUGCUGCACAAGUUCACUGUGAUCUCCGUGCCUCACCUGCCCGAGAAGCAGGCCACGGGGCGAUUUGAGGAAGACUUCAUCGAAAAGCGCAAGAGGCGACUGGUACUGUGGAUGAAUCACAUGACCAGCCACCCGGUCCUCUCCCAGUAUGAGGGCCUCGAACACUUUCUGAUGUGCGGCGAUGACAAGCAGUGGAAGCUCGGCAAGAGGCGGGCGGAGAAGGACGAGAUGGUGGGAGCCCAUUUCAUGUUGACCCUGCAGAUCCCCACCGAGCACCAGGACCUCCAGGAUGUGGAGGAGCGCAUCGACACCUUCAAGUUCUUCGCCAAGAAGAUGGACGACAGCGUGAUGCAGCUCACGCACGUCGCCUCGGAGCUGGUGCGCAAGCACCUGGGCGGGUUCAGGAAGGAGUUCCAGCGGCUGGGAAAUUCUUUCCAGUCCGUGAGCCAGGCGUUCAUGCUUGAUCCUCCCCAAAGUUCAGAGGCCCUCAACAAAGCCAUCUCCCAUACGGGCCGCACCUACGAGAACAUUGGAGAGAUGUUCGCAGAGCAACCCAAGUACGACCUCUUCCUCAUGCUGGACAAGCUGUCGCUCUACCAAGGCCUGCUCGCCAACUUCCCCGACAUCAUUCAUCUACAGAAAGGUGCCUUUGCCAAGGUGAAGGAGAGCCAGCGGAUGAGCGAUGACGGGAAGAUGGACCAGGACGAGGCCGACGGCAUCAGGAAACGCUGCCGGACGGUCGGCUUCGCCCUGCAGGCCGAGAUGAGCCACUUCCACCGGCAGAGAGAGGUGGACUUCAAAGACGUGAUGCAGGCCUACCUCACGGAGCAGAUUGCCUUCUACCAGCGCGUCGUCCAGCAGCUGGAGCGCACACUUCACAUGUACGACUGUCUGUGAAGACACAGGACUGCUGCCCGGUUCUAGAUGCCAAAAACACACACAUGGAUGAGAAGGGAAGGCCCGAGGCUUGACUCUUUCACAGAGGCGCUACGUGUUCGGCAUGUCUGGUCCAGAUGGAAAAGACGUGGAGAUAAAUUGAAUAGAUAGUGGAAAGAGCUACCGUUUUUAUUCCUGAAGUACUCAUGACAUAGACAAUGUCACAGCAUAUUGUUUAUUUUACAUACUUUAAGGUGUUUUCUAACAUUAAAAUUAGAAUACUGGUUUAAGAUUCAUAGAGAAUUGGUAGUUGAUUGAUGUAAAGUGUAAUACCACAAAACCGAUCCUGUUCUGAAAUUGUCCCCUUCUCUGCAACAUCAUGUACUUUCCUCCCCCACGUAUUCCUUUUUUUUACCAUGAACAAUCCACUCACUAAUUUAGCUCUUUGAACCUUGAAAAGAUUGUAUCUCUGGCCAAACAAGUACACUGCAUACAUGGAAUUUCACCAUCAUCGUGGUGAGUGCCCUGAUUGGGUGUUUACUGAUUUCAAACAGAUAUUGUAUUAAACACUCUGUCUUAACUUUGCACCACAUAGAAGACAAAAAUCAACUUUGUUUUCUUGCUUUUAAUGCAUUAAGUGCCUUUUAAGGGUCUGAUGGAAUAUUUGUAAAUGGGCCGCCACGUCACCCUGUGACCUUUUAUUCCUUUAUUUUAAACUAACCCAUUGACUUAUAUUUUAUUUUAUUCCUCUUGCACUGUUGUCUUGUCAUCUACUGUCAUACUGUCUGGUGUUACGCACCAACCACCAAGUCAAACUCCUUGUAUGCCUGACAUAUUAUGGCAAAAAAUGUUUCCUGAUCCUGAUUCCUGAUGAUGAUGAUGAUGAUGAUGAAGUCACAGAAGCAUUGUGAUUGAAAUUCCUUAUAUGUCUGACAUAUUAUGGCAAUAAAUGUUUCCUGAAUCCUGAGAUACUUGAUUAUUGAUCUGUAAACGGCCCUCUGUGUGUUCCUCGUGCAGACUACACAAUCCUGGACUGCAUUUACAGCGAGGUGGACAGUGGAGAUGGUUGUGGAUUUCAGGAAGAAGAUUUCAGAGUCCCACCCUCCCCCGUCACUACUGUGGAUUCCUUCCGUUUCCGAAGGCUCAGCAGAGGUUGAGGCAGCUGAAGAAAUUCAACCUGCCAAAGACGAUGUAGGUGCACUUUUACACAGCCAACUUUUUGCUCUUUAUACAUCAGCAUUUUUUCUUUCCUGUCAGAGACCAAAAAACUCAGACAUUUUAAACUGGACUUCCUUCAAAUAAAAAAUGUCAUUGGGGUGAAUGGAAA